AUGUUUUGUAAAAUAAAGGUCGAAAUUUAUGGAAAAAGAUAUGGAUAAGCCAACGCCGGCCGGUGAUUCUUCGACGUCACGGACCGGUACGCGUAUCAUCUCGAGGGAGACGGCGACCAUGGGUUGCGGCUUUUCCAAUUUCACAACAUUUAGGGCGGAGAAGCAAGAUUUCGCAAGGCUUGCCAUGCCUCAAUAUCUACGCUUAGCUAUACUAGAUUCCAUUAGAAAACAGGACGUCGACGGCGGUGACCAGCAUUUCCAAAUGCCUCGCUCCGACGAUGAUCCCUCUUGUGAAACCCCUAUCGUCGUUUUUAUUAAUCCCAAAAGUGGCGGCCGCCAUGGCCCCGUCCUUAAAGAGCGUCUCCAGAACUUGAUCAGCGAAGAACAGGCAAUACUUCUUUUCUCCCCUGUUUUAUGUGUAUGUUUUUGA